AUGCAGACUUCGAACGAGCAUCUCAAUUGUCAGAGAAACUGGUUAAGGUACACAGGAGAACUAGUUUGUGAUGCUAGGUUGUAGGUUUUGAAGAUCGAUCCAGUGAUGGCGGACCUUCGGACAAUAAACGACAAUAACAAAAAUCGUUUUUUGAGGUUUAAGUGUCUCCUGCUCAUAUUCAGAAAAAUAUUGUGAGCGAGUUAUGUUAAGUGGUGAAGCGUAUUUUUAUCUUUUAUUGUAAACCAUAUUCGUCGUCGUGUAGGAAUACUUAUAAUCCGCCUGUGGAUGUACGUAUUCAACACGAUCUAAACCUUCGCAACUCCUUAUACCGCCAAGGAGUAUAAGCUUUGCCAAUGUUACACAUGACUCUUUAAAAAAUCAUCUAGUAUGUCAUUUUCAAGAUUUCAGAUAACUAAAAUAGAUAGAUAGCGUUGUUAAAUAGGAUAAAUAGAAAUAUAGAACGUCUAUGGCAAUCUAAG